AUGGCCCAACACAUAAUCCACGUGGCUGUGCUAGACGCCGACAUUCCUUGCCUCUCAGUAUAUAGAGCGCGAGGUCUAUAUAGCUCGCAGUUUCGUGUGCUCCUACAAGCAGCCGCCCAACGCCUGAACAAAACGCCAGAAGCCCUCCCGAAUGGACCUCUCGCCGUUCAUGUAACGGCCUUUGAUGCCGUGGGCGGGUCCCUACCUCCUCUGGAAAUCCUCCGAACCAACCCCAAGUGCCCAGCCGAGCUUGACGCCGGCGGACCACUGAGUCCCAUAGAUGCAAUCCUGAUCACGGGCUCAGCAUCUUCAGCAUACGAGGAUCAACCCUGGAUCCACGAAAUGCAAUCCUACAUCCAAACAGUGCACGCCCACUAUCCAAACGUCAAACUUUUCGGCUCCUGUUUCGGGCACCAGAUAAUCGCCCAAGCACUCCUCAGCACCAAUGCAAACCCGAACCACCCGCCGAUAUCAACAUUCCAUGUUGCGCACUCCCCCUGUCGGCCCAUCACCCUCCAAUCCUCCUUCACCGCGCGCUUCCCACCACUUGCGCGUGCCACAGCUCAGAACGCUUUCCGCAUACAGUUAAUUCACGGUGAUGCAGUGGUGCCGACGCCCGAGGCUCAAGCUGCUGCGGGCCAGGCCGGAGUCUCGCUACCGGCGCCGUGGUCUAGUAUCGGGAGUAGUGCGCAAUGUGCUAUCCAGGGGCUUUAUAACCCCGGUCGGGUCCUGACGUACCAGGGUCACUUUGAGUUCGAUACUUUUGUUAACGGGGAGCUUGCGCAGGAGUUUGGCCGUCGUGCGGGUUGGCCGGAAGCUGUUGUGGCAGAGUAUCUGGACUUGAUCUAUCGCUCCCGUGUUCCUGGGUCAGAGGAUGAUGAUGAUGCUAAGGCUGCUGCUGAGGCAGUUUUGUUAUUCUUCGCUGGGGAGGAUGGCGACUUCAUGGGGUGUGGUGGCGGUACUGGUAUGAUUACGCCUCCGCUAGAUUGA